GGAUUUUUAACCAUCAAAAGAACUGGUGGUCUCAAACAUUGCCAAAGAUUUGGGUCUCUUGUGAAAUUUGGUUGGAGAGCAUAUGGAGCUGAUCAUGAAAAGGAACAUGCUCUGUGUCUGUCUGUCGAUGAGCCCAUCAAAAUGCAGGGUGUCCGAAUCUUUAGCUGUAACAGUGAACAACAUGUACUUACUUUGAUGGUCAAAGAUGUGUCAACAAACACAUUGCUUGCCAAGAAAACAGGAACCUUUUAUUCCCAACUGUUUCAGUACAAAAGUGUGGGGUUCUAUGGCAUCAACGUCUUGUUUGGUGAAGUCUUGUUUGGUGAACCAGUAACUCUAGAGAAGGAUACUAAUUACCUGGUCACCAGUUCCUUGUCUGGUUCAUGUUCAUGGCGUGGGGAGAAUGCUUUGGAGUAUGUCCAUUGUUCUGGAAUAACAUUUAGAUUCAACAAAGUGACAAAUGAGCAAUUCCCUGAAAUUCUUUUUACCCUAGAGUAA